UGGCUUAUAUCAUAAGGACUAUGUUAAUAAGUCAUUACGAAAUACUGUUUUCUUCAUCAACACGCAAAGGGUGAGGCCUGAAGACGAACAGCUUCCGAGAAACAGAACUUCUUGAUAUCUAUCUUCAUAUUUGUCGUAUUUGCAAGACAUCUAUAGAAUGCCUGGACCAAAGUCAAUCAAAGGAGAACAACACAGCAAAAGCAUGAAAAAAUCACGUAAAGCGACUCAUCAUGUCAGAAAACAAGAUUCGAAGCCCGCAAAGGAUAAUGGGAAGAAUAACGGACGUAUAAAAUUAUACUUCAUGACUUGGGAGACCACAGGGAGGCACUUCUUAGAAAAUGCCAGUUUUGCCUCUUCACCUGAAAAUGUUCGAUUGCACAUUUUCUUCUCUAAGAAAACUCCUGAGUCAGCGUUACCAAAACAAACCAGCUGGCUUAGGUGCCAUCAAAGCUUAACAGAAUCAGAGGCUGCAGAAUGGAUCGAUAUGACGGCUUAUAUCGUCAGCCUGUAUGCGAGGGUCUCUGCAGCGACUUCAAAACCGCCAAAAUCACAUCCAGAAUCGAAAUUUAAAAUAUUUUUGAUCUGUGGAGAUGGGGAGAAAGGUGCAGAACUGAAAGCGCUCUUGAAAGCAAACAAAACUGACAUUGAGAUUGUUGAUGGGCAUAAAUGCACAUUUUUUGAUUUGUUUAACCAUUUUUGUCGUUCCUGUGGAUUGAUAUUUAACAGCAAAGUUCAGGCCGAAGAGCACGACCACACUGCACAUAACUUUCUUUGUCACAACACGCAGUGUGAACGCAGUAGACGCGGGAAUGGAUUUUUUGCGCGGGAAGAACUCGAAAACCACUUACGGGCUCAGAAGUUCUGCAAGUUCUGUCCUAGUGACGUAUUCUGCAAUGAUGCAAUGCAUGCUCAACACGUCAGAAAUAGCCACAAGCAAUGUCCUUGUGCAUGUCAAGAGUACUACGAGAGAGAAGAAGAUCUAUUCGAACAGUAUUACGCGAAGUAUCCGUUGCCUUGCCUAGAAGAGCCUGCGUGCCAAGGGCGAUUUAAAGAUAUUGAAACGCAGGCCUUUCACCAUAAAUCAGCACAUGGUGCAAAGUAUCCCUACUUUUGUAUGGCAUGUUUCAAAAACAAAAAGCUCGCCUGUUUGAAAACUGCAGAAGAAUUACUAAGACACGCUCGUGACAUGAAACAUUCUAGUAAAGACUUUGAAUUUGCCAUAAUCCCAGAGAAAAUGCUUAAAGGUACCUGAAAAAGGUGUCUAUUAAUAAAGUUUUGCAUGCCGCAACUAAUUUCCCAAACUCUAAAGUCACCAAAUUAUAGAAUGCAAUAUACCUAAGUAUCAUUAAGUGCCAAUAGUAUUUGAAUGUCUCAGAAAUAUUUUCAAAAAA